AGAAACCUAAAUACUUGACGUGGAAUGAUAGAGGCAGAAAAAGAGGCAUGUCAUUUUGACGAUUUUUCAUCGAGAAGUCUUAUCUUUGGCGGGAUAACUUUAGAUGACCUUCAUGAGGUGACCUGGGAUAAAUUUCUUAUCACUAGUAGACGAGGAAUCCCUCCAAAAUUCAGUGUUAAUCGAAGAGUGCGAGUGUUUAGAAGGCCGGUUGGAAAUGACUUUGGCAGCAACUACUGUUACUACAACUCCCUUCGAGGGACAAAAGCCAGGAACGAGUGGUUUGAGAAAAAAAGUGAAAAUCUUCACGCAGGAAAAUUACACUGAGAAUUUUGUGCAGUGCAUUUUGGAUGCAAAUGGCAAGGCCAUUGAGGGAUCUACUUUAGUUGUCGGUGGAGAUGGUCGUUUCUACUGUCGCACAGCUUGCGAGAUAAUCGUCCGGAUUUGUGCUGCCAAUGGAGUAUCUCGUCUUAUUGUUGGUCAAAAUGGAAUUCUCUCAACUCCGGCUGUUUCCAGCCUCAUUCGAUCCAACAAAGCCCUCGGUGGAAUUGUCUUAACAGCCUCCCACAAUCCUGGAGGUCCUGACAAUGAUUUUGGCAUCAAAUUUAACUGUGAAAAUGGUGGUCCAGCUCCAGACAACGUUACCAAUGCUAUUUAUCAACUCUCCACGGCCAUUUCUAACUAUAAAAUCGUUGAAGGUCUUCAAAUUGAUCUCUCACAGAUCACCAAGAAUUCAUACGAUAUCUCUGGAAAGCCUUUUGUUGUGGACGUUGUGAACUCAGUCACUAAUUAUGUAUCUCUUAUGAAGGAGAUAUUUGACUUUGAUAAGCUUAAGAGUCUAGUUACUGGAGUUUCCAGUGGAAAACCUCUAAAGAUGAGAGUUGAUGCAAUGAAUGGAGUUACUGGAGCCUAUGUCCGUGAGAUUUUUAUUAAUUGCUUGGGAGCAACACCUGAAAGUGUCGUCCAUACUACACCUUUAGAGGACUUUGGGGGCCUUCAUCCUGAUCCUAAUCUUACAUAUGCAAAAGAUCUUGUGGAUACUGUUCGGAAUGGGGAUUAUGAUAUUGGUGCAGCAUUUGAUGGAGAUGGAGACAGAAACAUGAUUAUUGGGAGAAAUGCAUUUUUUGUUACUCCCAGUGACUCAUUAGCAGUGAUUGCCCACUUUCUCGAGGCAAUACCCUAUUUUCGCCGAAAUGGCAUCAGUGGUCUGGCCAGGAGCAUGCCUACAGCUUCAGCUGUUGAUCUAGUGGCCAAAAAAUUGGGAAAGGAAGUCUUUGAAGUACCAACUGGAUGGAAAUAUUUUGGAAAUCUCAUGGAUGCUAAUCGUUUGUGCCUAUGCGGAGAAGAGAGUUUCGGAACAGGAUCCAAUCACAUUCGUGAGAAAGAUGGCAUUUGGGCUCUUUUGGCAUGGCUAUCGAUCAUGGAACACACAGGAAAAGGCGUGGAAGACAUCCUAAAAGCACAUUGGGCCAUUUAUGGUCGUAACUACUUCACUCGCUACGAUUACGAGGAAUGUGAUGCUGCAAAAUGCAAUGCAAUGAUGGACCAAAUGGAAAAGUUGAUCACUGAUCCAAAAUUCAUUGGUCAAAAAUUCGAAAGUGGCGGCAAAUGCUAUGAGGUUAAAUUGGCAGACAAUUUUAGCUACAAAGACCCUAUUGAUAAUUCACUAGCCACUAAACAAGGUUUGAGAGUGGUAUUCGCCGAUGGAAGUCGCAUUGUUAUGCGUCUGAGCGGAACGGGCAGUUCUGGUGCAACAGUUCGCCUCUACAUUGAUUCAUACGAACGCGAUAAUGUUCUUGGUCUGGCCAGUGAUAUGUUAAAGCCAUUGAUCCAGAUCGCACUACAAAUAUCUCAAUUGCCCCAAUUUACAGGUCGUGAUGCACCCACUGUUAUCACAUGAAGUGUCUUUAAGUUUCUCAUCCUAAUUGUUUGUUUUCAGUUCAAAUAAAAUAAAUGUGUUCUUUUACUUUAAUCUCUAUUUAAUCAUCUGAAGGACAUCUUUAGAGAUUGAUAACUUAAUUAAAAUCGUAAAUGAUCUAAAAAUCGAAAUAAAUUGCGCUCAAUUGAAUUGACUCAACGGAAAUCAUGUCUCAUAGUUGCAGUUAAAAAAAAACUGUAAGACUGCAAACACGUGAAAAUUGAUAAGAAAUGCGGUUAUUAAUCCUUAAAUAAAUGUGAAUUUAUCAGGGUAAAUAAAAAUAUUUUAUUUCUGAUCGU